UAUUUUUUUCUUAUUUUCAGUGGUGUUCUGCGUGCCUCAAACAUUCCACACACGACGCCAGCUUCUUCAAAUGAUUGCGCGCCCGUGACCCCAUUUUCGACAGAGUUAUCACAAUUAAAAUAACCACUUUGAAGCUUAAUGCUUGCCCAACAACAAACGAGAUCAGCUGUUGACGCACCCACACACACACGCACCGCAGAAAAGUGGAAAACACAACUAGAGCAAAACGCCAUCCACUCAAUUAAGUGGGAGAGUUGUGUACAGAAACCUAGCACAAGCAGCAGUGAGGGGGGUGUAAACGUCAAAGCGGGCGAAAGUUGCGGCAGCUGCGCAGUGCCACCUUCAUGUGGAUGCAGCAAACACUGAUAACUGGUCCAUGACGUUUGGAUGUUGUUGACUACAAGCGCGUUCAUCCGGUUUAUGUGUUCGCUGGAAAGUCUCCAAAGCAUGGCAAAAGCAUACACGCCGUGUGUUUGUGCGAGUGUCGGAAAACAGUCAACGGCGGAUACACUUCGCUUGGCCAACAUCCAGUGACUGCUAGUCGUGCGUAUUCAUUCGAGUUUGCUGGACCUUAGCGAGGACGAAGCAAAUCUCAAACAAACAAUCAAUGAAAAUCAAGUAGUUGCUCCUCACAAGAAACGUUGAAAGUGAACUGUGUGUAUUGGCAAAAGGUGUGUAUGGCGUAUGGCCAAAAGUCAAGUAGUGCGAAAGGCAUACAAAACGGAAGUUGUAAUAAAACUUAACAAUUAAAUAAAUUGUGAGUGCGAGCGAAGAGAGUGUGUGCGAAAGCGAAUUAUUUUUCGCUUCAUACCGUUACUCGCAUAAAUCCCGUGUGUUUGACAUUUGACGUUUGCUUGGAGAGUGUGUUAAUAUACUUGAGUGCUGCGAAAAAUGUGUAAAUUUUGUGAAAAACGCUGAAUUAUAAAGCAUAUCAGUGCUGAAAGUAGUGAACGCGCCUCGUACCACCCAAAAACGCAGCGCACCGGCGGACCAGCUUAAGCACGAAAGCGCAUGAAAUAAAUAGUGCGCCACCCCGUGUGAAAUCCUUAUUAAUGACACACAUAUUACAACAAUGAACCACAAUGCGCACAAUAACAACAACAACAGCAAGCCAAAUAACAUGUAGUUGAACUCUAUUAAGCAGAACAAAUAACUGCGGCCAAAACUGAUUGCAGUCGUUGGCUUAACGAACGCAUUUGUGUGGCAGUGUGCAGCUGUGCAGUUGUUGUUGCGCGUACAACAAUAAAGGAGUUGUUUGUGCCACAAGUAUAAACGUUGUUGCCUCCUCCCAUUGCGUGACUUGUGGGGUUUGGGUGUGAAGGCGUAGCAGCCGCAGGGACGCCGUGUGCGCUCACAGCAAAAGUGUAAAUUAUAAAACAGCAACGUCUGCAAUAAUCCUGUGAAAUACACAUGAAAAUACAAAUAAAAAAUAUACAAAAAAAAUAAAUAAAUCAGCUUGCAAGCACGCAGCUGUAGUGAAGCGUAAGCCAAUAAGUGCUGCUGUAAAAGUAAGGUUAAGUGAUGUGUACAUACACUUACGUGCCGCAAAGGAAACGAGCAAGAAUCGAGAGUUGAUCAAGUGAAGUGUAAAAGUAAAUUGGCAAACAAAAGCAUUUAAAAUGAAGUUAAAGCGAGCAAGUGCAGAAUUGUGCAAGUAAAGAAGUGCAAAAAAGUAGUGAAACGCCAAACCAUCGUGUGUGUGCACGAGCAGAGCACAGGUGUGCUAGUGAAACGGUAAAAAACAUACAUACACACAUAUUCGGCACGCAGCUUCCGGUGUUUUCCAACCUACAUAUUUCCACAACUCACCCACCUGCCCACCUGCCCACCGACUGCAUUGCCAUUAAAAUGCAUGAAUCGGCAAAAACAAACAGGUUGGAGCAUGUGAGUUGCAAAAACAAAGAAAGUGGCAUUUACUACUAAAGGGUUAGGUGUGAAAGUGUAAGCGUUUUUCGCCGUAAAGCCUGCAAGCAAUUGUAACUAAUAGUAAAUUCUAGUGAAAAGCUGGUAAUCAUAUAAUGGUGUGCGGCUAAUAAAGCUAAUAAACUGGUGUCCGUAACAUUAAUGAAGCGUACUGUGUAUAAAAACAAAUGCAAAAGUUUAAAAUACCCAGAAUAAAGCAAUAACAAAUAUUGCGAUAAAAAACUAACGGUCGUGCACAAAAGUACCCGUCCCCAGUGUGUGACACAGACACUAAAAAGGUGUUGUUCGUGCCGGAAAAAAUUGCAAACUUUACGCCAAUGAAACUGUAUACGACGAGUGCGAUGAGCAGAAAAAAAGUUUGUGUAAUUAUGUGCAACACCUUUGUGCCAGCUACAUGGCCUUAUGUGCAACACGCCACGCGGCAAACAAACUAGUCACGCGUGCAUAUCCUGGUGGCGUACAUACGUGGCAAUAACAAUAACAAUAAAAAGGCGUACAACUGAUACUUUUAUGUUGAACAUGUGCCGCGUUCGGACAGUAAAUGAAGCGACUGUUGUGUGUGUAAAAAACAACAAUAAUAAUAACAACAAAUAAAGUAGUGACACAUUACAGCACGCGUGUUGCAAGCGCGCUUUGACUGUUUGACUGUGACUUUGUGGCGCGCCUGUUGCUGGCCUAAAUUUUAUGAGCGACGCAUGGAAAUCCUCGCGGCUUUAACUACAGCUUCCGGCGACGGGAAAACAAUAACAACAAUUGCAACAGCUGGAGUUUGGCCGAACAGACACCCGUUAAGUGGUGCAACAACAACACCAACAAAGCAAGCCAUAUAAAUAUAAGUGUUCAUAAAAGCUGCAAGCAACAAGCCAUACUGUGGCGUUAUUAUUUUUAAGCGCUGCGCGCCAGAGAGUGAGCGAAAAAAAACCCGUUGCGCUAAAAAAUAGGAAACAUAAUUGCCAACAAAAAUGAGUUGCGAAAGUUGUUGCAAAAUAAGCGGCGAAAAAAUUAGACCAGAAAACUAGUGCAAAACAAUAGAAUUGCUGCGUGAGAAAGCGAGAAGAACUAGUUAACGCGCUUAAAGCACAAAUUUAACGGCAGUUUUGCAUUUAAGCAGACAAAAGUUGCUUUUGCCCAUUAAAACAGCUGAACAACAGAAACUAAACAGCUGUUUCUACAAUACUAGAGCGCACAGACAGCGUGAGUAACUGAGCACUAAGAGUGAGAGAGAGCGCUAAACUGUUUAAGAAGUAAAAUUUGUAAGCGGUCACUCUUUCUUUCACACCCUCCGCUAAUUGCCGUGCUGGCCAUCGUUCUCACCUAAGGCACCACGCCCAUACGUGGGCGUUAUUAUGCAGAAGAAACCCCCGUUGCCGUUGACCGCAUUCAUUGGUGGUCCGACGCUCAUACACGCCUCUCAAUCGGCGAUCAGUUCGAGCAGCAGCAGCAGUAUUGGCAGCGGAAUGUGUUUCCCCAGCAGUAAAAGUGGUAGCGGCGGUGGCGGCUCAAACGGUGGCAGUGGUGGUGGUGGCGGUGCGGGUGAGAAGCAGCGCGGCGCUGGCGGUUUAUGCGGCUGCCAGAAGGCGCCCAAGUCACAUUGCAUAUCGGCGACAGGCGUACUCCUGCUCGUGCUACUCUAUACCGCCAUGGGCUCCAUUAUUUUCGUCACACUCGAGGGUGAAUUGGACGACACCAGCGCGCUGGAGACCGCAGUGGCGGCAUCCAAAAAGUUUCCACGCACCGAAUUGGCCAAUGAACAAAUAAGAUCACGCACCGUGGAUCGUUUGUGGUCGAUUACGGAGGAUUUGAAUAUUUUAUACAAAGAGAAUUGGACACGUCUGGCCGCACAGGAGGUGCAACAUUUCCAGGAGACCUUGCUGCGCGCCGUACGCCAAUCGAAAAUUUAUCAACCCGGCGAACAAAUGAAUCCACCCACACACAAGUGGACCUAUGCAUCGGCGUUUCUCUACUCAUUAACAUUAAUUACAACAAUCGGUUACGGUGGCAUCUCUCCGCGCACACAGUGGGGCCGCAUCGCCGCACUCAUCUAUGCGCUCUUCGGCAUACCCAUCGUGCUGCUGUACCUAUCCGCCAUGGGUGAGGGUCUCUCCGCCGCCAUGCGCUGCCUCUUCCGCAAAGCGCGCUCCAAAAGCGCUGUGAGCAGUGGCAGCGGCGCCGGCAAUGCUGGCAAUAACGGUGGCGGUAGCGCUAACAGCGGCAACGGCAAGUUGCCACCGAAUGACAGCGGCGGCAAAGGGGCGAACAAGCAUUAUCACCACAGCGGCGGUGGCAGCGGGAAGCUACAUCACUACGGCAUGCCGAAGCCCGCCUACCAUCACAGCGGUUCAAUGGGUGUGGGCAUGCAUGCGUCGUCACACAGUCCCAGCGUGCCAAUCUCCAUAUGCGUCAUGGUGCUGGUCUGCUAUGUCACCUCGGGCGCAGUGCUCUUCCACAAACUGCAAAACUGGAGCGUUUUGGAGGCGCUCUACUUCUGCUUCACCUCGCUGGGCACCAUCGGUUUCGGCGAACUGGCGCCCACCGGCAACCUUACACUGUAUCUCGCCUCCGCGUACAUACUCGUCGGCAUGGCGGUGGUGGCCAUGUGCUUCAGUCUCAUACAGACCGAGAUUGUGAUGUGGCUACGCAAGUUCAGCGUGCAGGACCACGUCAUGCCGCAGGGUGAGGAUGUUGCGCUCGUCUCUGUAGCGGUUACGCCAAAGUCCUCUUGACAACGACCCGCUGCUGAGCUGCUCGCAUUGGGUGGCGGUGGCGGCGGUAACAGCAGCAAUGGCAAUGCAAAUAUGCCAGCACAACUUGGCGGCUUUGGCGGUAACACACUGGGUCACCACCAGACGAUGUUCUUCGGACCGGCGCAUACGCUCACACAGUACAGUUCGCUGCCGCGCCGUUCGGCAGGUUCCGCAUUCCAACGUAACACACCCAUUAGACGCUCCACCGGCAUACCGGAGCACCACAUGGAGUACUUCGUGCCGCGCAGCAUAAGCGAGUUCAAUUUGUCGGGCGUCGGCGAUUUAGCGCUGCCACCGCCGCGUCGCUAUUCGCCCACCAUACAACAUGGCGGCGGCAUGAGCAUGGGCGGCGGUCUACCGCACGGCCUCCAGCUGGGUCCGCCACAGACGCUCAUUUGCACCGGGCAACCGCCACCACCGCAGCAAAUGCAGAUCCUAAUGAAACCGCGUGAGAAAAUGGUCACCUUCGAAGACGAGUCGAAGGCAAUGAGUGCAGCUGCGGCUGCGGCGGCAGGUGUAAACACCUCGAACGCCAGCACAGCGACGCACUGUCCACAUGGCGUACCGACGACGCCGCGCAAAGCGGGCGGCAUGGUCGGCGCUGGCGCUGACGUCUUUAUGUGACGCGAAUCGCUGAGAUGACCGCACAGCUUGCUGCUGAGCGACAAGACUGGUGACGACGCGGCGGCAGCAUAUGCGGCCACCAUGCUGGACGAUGGCUUGGGUGGCGUCACAACAGGCGCGGCCGCCACAGUUAACGCAGCGACGGCGGCGAGCACAAGCGCGCACAGUGCUGCUGGCCUAGAUAGCGACAACGAGCACGACUCACUAGCUGGCAGUCUCAGCGAACUGACAUCCAAGUCGAAAUCGACGCCGGGCGACGUGAUACGCGUGUGAGUGUGCGGCGGCAGCAUUUUCUACACUAAACUAAGCCUCAAGCGCAUAUUCAUCAGCAUCAGCACAACGCCGAGACUCAUUAUGUGAAUCGUAACUUUCCAUUCAACUCAGCGUCGAAUUUUCCUUACUCAGCUGAAUAAAGUUCGGUGCGAAAUCGACAUCAGCGCGCUUCUCAAAGUGACUAUCGAAGCAGGCGAGCAAGGCAAGGUAAAAGACACGCACGUCAUCACAAACACACAAAUAUUCCAGUUAUGUGACCGCCUGACUUUCGCACACUCUUGCUGUUUCUUCCAGAUUAACAGCUUCAACUGAAUACCGAUCAUUCGCUUACGAAAUUCAAUCGUCUACACAACUAUUACAGCGAGCACACUCUGCUCUCUGCGUAAUGUGUGCUGACCGAAUUCAGCAGGAAGAAGAAGAAAAGUAAACAAAUAGUGCAAAUCAAAUGAAGUGCGCGUAAUUAAAUACGAAAUUGUGAUUUAGUGUAAAUAAAAGCAAAAUUAAAAGUUAGAAAUAAAAAGUGCGUGCUUUUCAGUGGAAAGUGUGUGUUUGUGGUGCAGUGAGAAAUGUGUUUUAAUAUAAAUAAUAAAGUAAAAUAAAUAAAAAGCAAUAAAGCGUAAAUCAUGUGUUAGAGUGCAGUGUUUAUAAAAUGUGUUUAAAAAGUGUGAAAAUGUGGCUUGUGCAAUGUGAAGUGUAUAAAGUGAGUGUGUUUAUUACAGUGAAGCGUGGAAAGUCAGUGGAAAUCCAUACAGCAAGCGUCUUGGCGGCGUGAAAGUGGACACUCAGCAAAUCCACAGCGACGACGACGGUGGCAACAGCUUAAGUGGCUGACAGCAGUCGGAAGGCAUUUAACAUAAGGAAUGUGCAAACAAAUAAGAACGCGCGCUCGCUGGCAGACAAGCUGAGACAGUAAACAAUGCAAGAUCCUCAACACUGCAUACACUGUCUCCACAUCAUUUAAAGAGGUAAGUGCACAGACGCAUAAAUAUUUGAACACCUGUACGACUUUAUGCAAUUUUUUUUUUUGGCAUUACGCGAAGAAGCACUUUACCGUUGUGGCUCAUAUAAUUUCCAAUGACUUGUACAAGCAAUUUUACUUCGUUUAUUGUUAUUAUUCUUACCUUUUCUUCUCGAGCAUUUUUUGUUUGUAAAUUUUUUCAUUUUUCCCAAUUUUUUUGGUAGAGAAGUGACUUGAAAUUUUUCCUCACAACGCGCAGUUCGCAUUUUUUAUGCCGUAAUAAAAAUCACUUUUAUGAGCAGCUUAAAUUUAAUUCAGUGCUUAGUACAGACAGCAAUCAGUUAAAGAAGAGCAUUUGCGAAGAAGUAUCUAUAAAUAAAUGAAUGGGCGCAUGUCUAUUGACAACAACAACUUUAUGUUAAUUCUAAAAUCAACACACAUCACACUUCUGAUUAAGGACUUGAGAAUGCUUGGAAUGUGGGUGUAAAGGGCGAAAGUGUCUGAAAGAGAGUGGGUAAGAGAUAGUACUAGUUCAGUGUGGGUGGUUUGCGACAU